GGUUAUGGCAUGCAUCUGAUGAACCACCUAAAGGAGUACCACACAAACACAGCAUCCUUUACUUUCUCACCUAUGCUGACGAAUAUGCCAUUGGCUACUUCAAAAAGCAGGGCUUCUCCAAGGACAUCAAGGUGCCCAAGAGCACCUGGGUUACAUCAAGGACUAUGAAGGAGCAACCCUGAUGGAGUGUGAGCUGAAUCCCCGGAUUCCCUACACAGAGCUGUCCCACAUCGUCAAGAAACAGAAGGAGAUCAAGAAAUUGAUUGAGCGCAAACAGGCACAGAUCCGAAAGGUCUACCCUGGACUCAGCUGCUUCAAGGAGGGAGUGAGGCAGAUUCCUGUGGAGAGUGUCCUUGGCAUUCGAGAGACAGGCUGGAAGCCCUUGCGAAAGGAGAAAGGCAAGGAGCUGAAGGACCCUAUCAGCUAUACACAACCCUCAAAAACCUGCUGGCUCAGAUCAAGUCACACCCCAGUGCCUGGCCCUUCAUGGAACUUGUGAAGAAAUCAGAGGCCCCCAACUACUACGAGGUUAUCCGCUUCCCCAUUGACCUGAAGACCAUGACAG